UGCGACUCAACUGAAAGUGGACGCUUGAUGGGUUCUUGGUGUGGCUUUAUCUCCGGUUCUCCCCGGGACAGCAGGGAAUAAAUGUUGGAGAAGACUCUCACAAAGAACAUUAGACACUGUGCAACGAAUUGAGAUCAUAUCCUGAAGUCAGGAAAGCAGAUAUUGCUGAGAUGUACUGGGAUGUGGGUCAUGAGGAUGGUCAAGAAGACAACAUGGCACCAGGAACAGAGACAGUUCCUGAGAUUAUGGGAAGCAAACAGUCAGGGUUGAGCAGCCUACCCUGCGAUCAGUGCCCAACCCUCAAAAGCAUUCAGGUGGCAUACAGCGCAGGAGAGAUGGAAAGAGCUCAACAGCUUGCCAGACUGUAUUUGGAGGCAAACUGCCAAGUGGAGAAGUUGUUAGGUAUCAUAGCUGCACAUGGAGACACAGAGAUGCUGCAGUAUCUGCUCCAGGAGACAGGAAGGGAACUGUCAAAGGAACUAAACGAUGGAAAUCCUGCUAUUAUUGCUGCACGUCAGGGUCAUGAAGAGGUGAUCAAAAUAUUGCUGAAUUCUACUUCAGAUUUGUGUGUUGACAAGGAUCUUCUGAGCUGGAUGCUUGCUGUAUCCUGUGAACAAGGACAUUUGGACGUAGUGAGGCUUUUGGUACUUGUGUACAAGGCAGAGACUGACAGUUGUGGAGUGAAGACACAGGAUCAUCCGAUCAUCACAGGUCAGCCGUUAUAUGCAGCAAUGAAGGCAGGAAAUGAAGAGAUUGCGGAGUUUCUUCUGGAUAAUGGAGCCUGUUUCUCAUCCUAUGUUUUACUGGAUCACCCAGAACUCUGCAACCGGCUGCUGAGAAAACAAUUUACAGAGCCAAGUAGCCAGUACGAAAUUUCAGACAAACAAAUAGGCCUAUCACUGAAGUGGUGCUGCCUGAAGCUGCCUUGGUUAGAGUUGGACUGGUUCAUUGAUGUUUCCAAUCGAAUAACAGAACUCGAUUUGUGUAGGAACAGUCUCACUUUCCUUCCUUCAGUUAUUCCUUGGGGAUUAGUGCAUCUGAAAAAACUCAACUUGUCUGCAAACCAGCUGAAGGACCUGCCCAAUGUGACCACUUCAGAAGAAAUACUUUGCUUAGGUAUUCUGGAAAUUGAUGUUUCAAGGAACCAACUGAGCUGCCUUCCCAACGGCUUCUUACAUCUACCAAAGCUCGAAAAACUCUCAGCUUACAGCAACUUGCUGGAAAUGUUAUUUGAUGAGGAAAAAGCAACAAACUGGAUUGGAUUGAGAAAACUCCAGGAGAUUGAUGUUUCUGACAAUAAACUUCAGUUUUUACCCUGUACAUUCCUGCACUGCUGCAAGUCCCUCAGCAGCUUGAAAGCAUCUCAGAAUGCACUCAAGGACUUUCCGGAACCAUGGGCCUGUCCUUUGGAAUUUUGUAAUGUUUCUGGAAACGUCUUGAUAUCACUUCCAAACACUCUGAGUAUCUUCUGGAAGAAUUGUCUUAAAGAAGCAAAUUUUUCUGACAAUUUACUGAAGGAAGUACCAGCAAACCUCUUUGAACUUAAGAACCUGUGCUCUCUGAAAUUAUCUGGCAAUCAGAUACAGUCGCUUCCUCCAGUGGACCAAUGGCAGUGCUCUAGCCUGAAAUCACUUGAUCUCUCUCGAAAUCAUCUUGGAAAGAGUGAAGAAGGAGUCAGAACUAGAAAAGUUUUUUUUACAACAUGGCUAAAGAAAACUUCGGACACAGUUUCACCAGUUGAAUUCCCACAGUUCCUUGGUGAGUGUUUAGAGGUUCUGCACCUGGACAACAACUUUCUUGAUUCAGUCCCUCAGUCAGUGUGCUGGCUGCGAUCCCUCUCUGAGCUGUACCUUUCAAACAACCCUGGAAUCCGGGAGCUCCCCGCUGAGCUGGGCCAGCUGGCUAAUCUCUGGCAGCUGGACAUCGAUCAAUUAAGUGUCUCAAAUGUGCCCACAGAGAUCAGAAAUGAAGGCCCUAGUUCAAUACUGACCUAUCUGAGAGCACAGCUGCGAAAAGCUGAGCCUUGCAAACUACUGAAAAUGGUCAUUGUUGGGCCUCCACGUCAAGGAAAAUCCACUCUGUUGGAGACCCUACAGUCAGGAAAAUCCACUCAAAGCAUGUCCAAGGAAAGUAGCGUCCAAACUACCAGCUGGGAACUUCUACGACCUGCCAAUCUCAAGACAAAGGUGGAUUCCAUCAUGUUUAACGUGUGGGAUGUUGGAGGUGCUGCCAUUAUGUCAACAGUCAAUCAGUGCUUUUUCACUGAUAAAGCCCUCUAUGUGGUGGUGUGGAAUCUGGCACUUGGAGAGGAAGCAGUGGCAAACCUGCAGUCGUGGCUACUGAACAUUGAGGCAAAAGCUCCCAAUGCUACUGUGAUUGUAGUAGGAACACAUUUGGAUUUGAUUGACACAAAAUUUCGAUCAGAGAGAAUUGCUACACUUCGAGCUUAUGUCCUUGCUUUGUGUCGCUCCCCAUCUGGGCCUCGAGCAACUGGGUAUCCUGAUAUCAGCUGCCGAAAUUUACAUGAGAUAUCCUGCAAAACGCUUGAUGGACUGGAAGGGCUUCGCAAAUUGAUUUUUCAAGUUGCUUGUAGCAUGAAGGACACCGGGAAUCUAACUGCAUCACAGAGGUUGGUUGGGAGAUUGAUACCAAAGAGCCACUUCAAUCUGUUGAAUGCUGUCCUGAAAGAACAACAAAGAAGAAGCAGUAGUAAUGAAGUCCAGUACUUAACUGACCAGCAACUGGAGGAGAUUGUGCAGCAGACUCCUGACAAUGAUAUCAAGGACUUUGAAGAUUUGCAGAUUGCUUUCUCCUUCCUUAUUGAGACAGGAGCAUUGCUGCAUUUUCCAGACACCAGCCAUGGUCUACGAAACCUCUACUUCUUGGAUCCAGUGUGGUUAUCUGAAUGCUUGUCGAGAAUUAUCAAUGUCAAAGCUUCACGUGUGCUUGCCAAAAAUGGAAUAAUACAAGUUACGGAGCUGAGAAAGUUACUGAUUGGAACUGGCUUCACAGAGCAGACUGAGGAGCAAUAUUUCCAAUUUCUUGCCAAGUUUGAGAUUGCUCUUCCAAUUACCAACAACAGUUACCUCCUCCCACAUCUGUUGCCAUCAAAGCCAGGAUUUGAAAUCAGUAACUUGCGGGGCAAGAGCACCAACACCAUCCAGAGACUGUUCAAAAUGAACUUUGUGCCCGUUGGCUUUUGGCAACGAUUUAUUACACGCAUCUUGAUUAGCUUGGCAGAGAUGGAUGCCCAGCUCUUUGAGAAUGAAAAGAAUCCAAGACGAGGCAGAACAAAUCGGGCAUCAGUUUACAGCUUCACAAGAUCACAGCGUCGCAAUCGUUGUAGCACUUUCCGAGUAAGAAGAAACCAAACUAUUUAUUGGCAAGAAGGUUUACAGGUGAACUACGACGGUGGGUUUCUGAGUGUGGAAUCUUCUGAUGUAAACUGGAAGAGGAAAAAGAGUGCGGGAAUUAAAAUCAAUUGCCAAUCUGAAACAAGAGAUUUCUCAGCAGUCGCAUUCAUCACUGAUCACGUCAAUUCUCUGAUCGAUCAGUGGUUUCCAGCUCUUACAGGCACAGAAGCAGAUGGAACUCCCUUGGUCGAACAAUAUGUUCCGUGUCCUCACUGCAGCCCCACAGCAACAGGGGAAGCUCAAAUCCACAACCAGGUCCAUGGCCUGCAUUACUUCAAAAUGGAGGACUGCUUGCUCACUGCCAUCGAACACACGCACAUUGAGUGCCCCAACCACCCAAUGGACCCAGUCUCACUGGAGGAGCUAGUUCCAGAGCUUUUUAUGACAGAUUUCCCAGCCCGGUUAUUUCUAGAAAUGAAUUGUCUGGAACAGAAUGAAUCUACAGACAAUAUCCUCGGACAAGGAGGAAGUGGGACAACAGUGUACAAAGUAAGAUAUAACAGCAUGCCAAUAGCAGUCAAGAAAUUCCACUUCAAAAAAUGUGGACAGCAAUCUGAUGGCGUCAAUGAGGAUUCAAUGUUCAGACAUCUGGAGGCCAUGGAGGCAUUACGGAAUUUCUCCGAGUUCCGUCAAGAGGCCAGCAUGCUUCAUUCCAUGCAACAUCCAUGCAUUGUGUCACUGAUUGGCAUUAGUAUUCACCCACUUUGUUUUGCCUUAGAGCUGGCUCCAUUGGGCAGUCUGCAUACAGUUUUGAUUGAUUAUGCUGAAGGCACUUCAUUUAUUCCCCUGGGACAUAUGUUAACUCACAGAAUAGCCUAUCAAAUUGCAGUUGGCUUGGCAUACCUGCACAGAAAAAAUAUCAUCUUCUGUGACCUGAAAUCGGAUAAUGUUUUGGUUUGGACUCUGGAUUUGACAGAAACAGUAAAUGUGAAGCUGUCUGAUUAUGGAAUAUCUCGUCAGUCAUUCCAUGAAGGAGCCCUCGGUGUUGAAGGUACUCCUGGAUAUCAGGCACCAGAAGUCAUGCCUGGAAUUGUUUAUGAUGAAAAGGUUGACAUGUUUUCGUAUGGAAUGGUUUUGUAUGAAUUGCUGUCUGGGCAACGACCAGCCCUCGGACAACACCAGCUGCAGAUUGCUAAAAAACUGUCAAAAGGAGUACGACCUUCCCUGGGAUCUCUGGAACAAGUGCAAUUCCAUAGAAUGCACAAUCUGAUGGUCGAGUGUUGGGAUACAAAGCCUGAAAAGCGACCAGGAGCAGGUGCUGCCCUCAGACUGAUGCAGGAUCCCAGUUUUCCUGCUUUCAUGUACACGUUGCCGUGUGGUGAGCAAAGCUCAUUCUGCCCUUCUCAAGAACUCGAGCGAACUGUCAUUUUCUGGGAUGAAGAAGGAAACGACAGGAAUUACAGUGUGGUAAAUAUAGACAAAGGACUGAUUGAAGUGGAUCACAUCAGCUGCCCUGGAAUUCGGCUGAGCUGUCAGUUAAAGCUACAGAGUGCAUUGUGGACAGCAACAGUGGAUCAGAAAAUUCAGGUUUACAGCCUUAAAGGAAUGUGUCCCUUAAACAUGCCGCUCCGAGUACUGGAUGUUCCUGCUAUUGUGACGUGUUUCCUGCUAGUAUCACGUGGAAACCAGAAAUCUCCAGUAAUGCUUGCUGGCAUGGCCGAUGGAAUGGUCGCCGUUUACUCUCUGGUUAAUGAGAUUCCUGAGGGUUGGUGCUCCUACCUGUGCUCACGCUCAGCAAACAAGUUUCAGUUUAAAAUCUCCGAUAACGACCUUCGACAGAAUGCAUAUCGAGUUACUGAUAUGAUAAUGGUGAACAGUGGAUCAGAAGUGUGGUACAGCAACGGUCCUGGGAUCCUGGUCAUAGACACACUUGCUACAGAAAUAACUCGGAGAUUAGAACCUUACCAAGCUCCCUCUCAAGUCAUAUCAAUGACUUGCAAUGUGGGAUGUAAUGGGGAAGAGGCUGUUUGGUGUCUGGAUGACAGGACAAGUACCUUAAUUAUGUAUCGGUCAUAUCAGAUCUGUGCACAUUACACGUGCAGUGACUGUAAUCCAUUAAGAGACAUGUUCCCCAUCCAGCAGCCUGCUAGUUUUACAACAACCACAGCCAUUACUACCACAGAUAUGACUGAUUCCAACUCCACAGAUGUCAGCAUCAUUUUCAAUGAUGAGGUUGGAACCCAAGUUAUAAGACAUUCCGACUCCAUGACUGAUUACUGUUCUCUAUCAUCCGAAUCUUGCUUCUCUAACAGGAACACUGGAACAUCAUUUAGUGCCCUGAGUUCCCCAAUCAGUCCCACAAGUAUUCCUCAUUCUACUGACUUUAUUGAGUCAUGCUCAUUGCGUGACAGGUCUGGAAGCAUCUCCCCGCCAGUGGAUGAUAGUGAACAGCUACAAGCUGUAAAAAUCCUAGCAGUUAAGGACACCCUGUGGAUACCGAGACAAGGUGGUGAUAUCAUUGUUAUUGAGCUGGAAAACCAGUCCGUCAGCCAGCAAGGCAGGGUCGUGGCAGUGCUAAAGCCAGAAUCUGUACCUAAAGACGGAAAACUCGUGGAUGCUGCAGUUGUGGCAAAGGACACAGUGGUCUGCUGCUUUCAGAAUGAGACCAGAGAUUGGGACCUGCAUGUGUGGAGAGCCUGGGGAUCCAGAGAAUUCAAGCUAUUCUAUCAGUCGUACGAAGAGUUGGCAAGAAUGGAAGUCAGCAUGCGCAGGCGAAAGUAGCUAUUGUGAAUACAAUUCACUUCCUCUGGGUGCAUAACCCUCACUGAGGAGGCAAGUUGCAGAACAGAGCAUAGUUCAUUUAACAGGAAAAUGAUUGAGUCUACAAAGCUGACUAUGUCUUCCUCAUGAACUUAACCAAUGCAAGCUUGAUGCACAGUACAGGAAAAAAAGAACUGAGGGCAAAUGCUCAUAUGUGAUUAUAGAAAAGGAUGGAUAUCACUUCACCUUCUGUUGCACAGAAUGGGAUUUCAUUCAAGUUUCACAUUUGGAUUCCAAUCUCAGUAUCUUGCUAAUUACUCUCAUUGACACUCAACUAUUUCUCUAUCCUUAGAACUGUAAAUUUAGAUAUCUACAAAGAGUUUAAAUGGGAAGAAUAUAUUUAUUAUGCAUUAAAUGCAGAAGUUACAUAGUGAGCAAUGGAAGUUCUGGACCUUUGAGAGAGUCAGUUGCAGCUUUCAGAAACCUUGUGGGGUAGUGAUAGAACAUAGGAUUUCUUCAUAUUUUUAUCUUAAAGAAAUUGUUUUAUCUUUUACUGUAUGCAAAUUUUCUUAGGUUAAACCAAGAAAUAUCAUGUACAGGGUCAAAUUUGAGGAUGAGUGGUCCUGUUGAUAUUGAACAUGAAAUUGGAUUAGAAAAUUCAACCAUGAAAAAGACCAAGAAAAGUUUGGGCCACAAAGGGAUCUUUAGUUUGUGCAUGGUUAACAGUCUCAUCUAGAGUUAGGGAUAGGAAAAUAACUACUGAGGCUUUUUGAAACCUAACAACAGUGUUACUAGUUAAAUCUGGUUAGAGAUUGUUUACUGUUGGUUUUCUCUUCAAUUGUUAUAUCACUGGACUAACAAUUCAGAGACCAAGGAAAAUGUUUUGGGAGCAUGGGUUCAAAUCCCACCAUGGCAGAUGAUGAAGUUUGAAUUCAAACAAAUCUGGAAUGAACAGCAGAUCCAAUUGUCGAGGAGAAAGUGAGAUGCUGGAGAUCAGAGUUGAAAAUGUGUUGCUGGAAAAGCGCAGCAGGUCAGGCAGCAUCCAAAGUGCAGGAGAAUCGACGUUUCGGGCAUGAGCCCUUCUUCAGGAAUGGGCUUCUUCAUGAGCCCAUUUUCAGAUUCAAUUGUAGCCAUGAUGUGGAGGUGCCUAUGUUGGACUGGUGAAGACAAAGUCAGAAGUCUCUCACAAUACCAGGUUAUAGUCAACAGCUUUAUUUGAAAUCACAAGCUAUCAGACCACUGCUUCGUUGUCAAGUAAAGGACUUCACCUGAUGACAGAGCAGCACUCCAAAAGCUUGUGAUUUCAUAUAAGCCUGUUAGACUAUAACCUGGUAUCAUGUGACUUCUGACCAGGUCUGAUGGUGGUCAUGUAAACUGUUACAAAAGCUCAUCUGGUUCAUUAAUGUCCUUUAGGGAGGGAAAUCUGCCAUCCUCACCUGGUCUGGCUACCAUGUGUCUCCAGACACACAGUAAUGUGGUUUACUCUUAACUGUCCUCUGGGCAAUUAGCAAUGGAAAAUAAAUGCUGGCCUACCCAGUGAUGCCCACAUCCAAUGAAAGAAUAAGUGAAAACACCACAAGAUUUAAUGUUUUAAAACAAAAACACAAACUUCAUUCUAUUUAAAAGAAUUAAAACAAGCAGAUUUAACACAAGUUAAACCUAUGUUUACUUCAAAUUGCUCCUUUUCACUAUAAAACACAUCCAAACUGUUAUUUGCCUCUGUGAGCUCUCCAAAUGUAUGCCACAGUCCUCUAGAAUUAAUUUUAAUUUUCCUCAGUUCCAGCUAUUUUCUGAGGUUCUUUGUUUAAUGCCUCUUGACUGUAGGCAACUCCGUCCCCUAUACUGGUUGCAUUUUCAGUACUUCUGAGCUAACUUUGCUGAUUUCUUUCUUUACAACAAAGUUCCAUUAGGAUGACUUUACUAGUUUGAACCUGUGCAAUCUUAGAGCUUUUUUUUCCCUCAGAGUUCCCGUUUCCUCUGCUUACUCUGCAGGCUUAAAUAACUGUAACUUAUUUUGGCUAUCUUCUUUCAGUAAGCUACUGGAGGGUCAGUGGGUUAACUCUGAGGGAGUGCUUACUGUUAGAGCAUGAAUACUGAGGGAGUGCUACACUGUCAGAGGGUCGGUAAUAAAGGAACACUGAACAGUGAAGGAUCAGUACUGAGGGGGCACUGCACUGUUGGAUGGGCAUGUUCUGAGGGAGCAUAGCUCAGGGACGGAUGGUAUGGAGGGAGUACUGUACUGUUAUGGAGAGUCAGUGCUGAGGAAAGAGGAGGGAGAAAUGCACUGUUGAAGGAGAGCUGCAUUGUUAGAGAGGUGAUACUGAAGAAACGUGGCAAUGUUGAGGGGCAGUACUGAGGAUCUUUGCACUUUUGGAGAGAAGGUAUUGAGAGAGUGCUGCAUGGUCAGAAGGGAAGCAUUGGAUACGUUGUGUCACAGGUAGUAUCUUCAAAAUGAUAAGUGGAAUUCAGUCCCCAGUGAGAAAGGAGGACUCUAGGAAGUGGAUAAACCAUCAUAGUUGACCAAGGAAGUUAAGGAUCAAAUCAUUUGGAAAGGAAAAGGUAUACAAUGUGGUGAAAAACCAGAGGAUUGGGAGAGUUUUUAAAGCCAACAAGAUAUCCAAGAAAAAUAAAGAGAGAGAAGAUAAACAAUUAGGAUAAACAAGCAAAUAAUUAAAGAACAGACAGUAAAAAUAUAAAGAUUAAUAAAAAAAAGCUGUACUGAACACAGGCUCCUCAGGCAAUGAGCCUUGGGAAAUAAUAACAGAGAAGCACAAAAUGGCAGAAGAGUUGAAUAAAUAAUUUGCAUCAACCUUCAUAAUAAAGGACAUUAAUGACAUUCCCAAAAUACUAAACAAAGUAAUCAAAAGAUGGGGAAAGAAUAAAUCCAGUAUUUUUAUCACAAGAGAAAUAUGCAAGACUAAUGGAGCUAAAGACAAAUAUGUCCUCUAGACCUAAGUAGUAACAUCCCAUGUUACUCAAAGAAGUAGCUACAGAAUUAGAUGUGCUGGUAGUAAUAGAACAUAGAACAUAGAAAAAUACAGCGCAGUACAGGCCCUUCGGCCCUCGAUGUUGCGCUGAUUCAAGCCCACCUAACCUACACUAGCACACUAUCCUCCAUAUGCCUAUCCAAUGCCCGUUUAAAUGCCCAUAAAGAGGGAGAGUCCACCACUGUUACUGGCAGGGCAUUCCAUGAACUCACGACUCGCUGAGGAAAGAAUCUGGAAAAUUCCCAGAGGACAGAAAAACUGCCCAAAUAACUUCCUCAUUCAAAAAUUGGUGGAUAAGAAAAUGAAGUAACAAUAGGCCAGUUAGCUUAACAUCUCUAAGGAAGAUGUUAAAGUACAGUAGAAAUGAUGUAGUAGAGAGCAUUUAGAAAUGCAUAAUAGGAUCAAGCAAUCGAAAGGGUAUUCAUGCCUAACAGAUUUAUUACUAUUCUUUGAGGAGGUACCAAGCAGGAUAGCAAAAGGGAAACCAAUAGGUGGAAUAAAUUAGGAUUUCUAAAAGGCAUUUGAUAAAGCUACUUAAUAAGAGCCCAUUGUGUUGGGGUAAUAUAUUAAUUAGCAUCGUUAGAGGACUGGGUAACUAGUAGAAAUCAGAGAAUUGGGGUAAAGGAACCAUUUUCAGGAUGGUAAUCUAUAACUAAUAGGCACGGUGGCUCAAUGGUUAGCACGACUGCCUCGCAGUGCCAGGAACCUGAGUUCUAUACCAGCCUUUGGUGAUUGUCUGUAUUGAGUUUGCACAUUUUUCCUGUAUCUGUGAGUUUCCUCCAGGGGCUCCAGUUUCCUCACAUAGUCCAUAGAUGUGCAGGUUUGGUGAAUUGGGCAUGCCAAAUUGUCUCAAAGUGUCCAGGGAUAUGUAGGCAAGGUGAAUGAGCCAUGGAAAAUGCAAGGUUAUAGGAAUAGGGUGUGGUGGUGGGUCUGGGUGGGAUGCUUUUGGGGACAGUACAAAUUACAGUACAGGAGGUGUUGGAUGCAUUAAAAUGUAUGAUGGUGGGUAAAUCUCCUGUUUCUGACGAGAUAUUUCCAAGAAAACUGCAGGAGGCUAGAGUAGAAAUUGUGAUGGCCCUGGCUGAUAUUUUUGAAUCAUUGUUAGCCAGAGGUGAGGACCCAGAAAACUGGAGGGUACCGAAUGGUUUGCCCUUAUUCAAGAAGGGCUGCAAAGAAAAGCCUGGAAACUAUAAACCAGUAAAGCUUAAUAUCUGUGGUGGGUAAGUUACUUGAGAAGAUCUGAGGGAUAAAAUAUACAUGCAUUUUUGAUUAGGAGUAGUCACCAUGGCAUUGUGAGUAGGAGAUAAUGCCUCUCAAAUUUAGAGAUGAAAUGACUCGGAAGGUUGAUGAGGUCAGGGCGGGAGAUGUACUCUAUGUGAAUUUCUGUAAGGCCUUUCAUAAGGUUCCAUUUGGUAUGCUGUUCUGGAAGGUUAGAUCUCAUGGAAUCCAGGGGGAGUAGGCAAAUUGGAUAAACAAUUGGUUUGAUGGUAGAAAGCAGAGGGUAAUAGUGGAAGGGUACUUGUUGGACUGGAGGUCUGUGACUAGUGGAUUGUCUCGGGACAGUGCUCAGCCCAUUGCUGUUUGUUAUCUUCAUCAAUGAUUUGGAUGAGAAUGUACAAGGCAUGAUUAGUAAGUUUGCUGAUGACACUAAAGUAGGUGGUAUUGUAGACAUUGAGGAAGGUUAUCAGAAAUUGCAGGAGGACCUUGAUCAGCUGGGGAAGAGGGCUAAGAAGUGGGCAAAUGGAGUUUAAUAUAGAUAAGUCAAAGGUGUUGUAUUGUGGGAAGUCAAAUCAAGGUGAAUGGUAGGGCCUUAAGGAGUGUAAUGGAACAGAGGGAUCUUGGAGUUCAGGUUCACAGUUCUCUGAAAGUGGAGUCACAGGUAAAGAGGGCAGUGAAGAAGUUUUUUGGUACACUGACCUUCAUCAGUCAGAGCAUUGAGUAUUGAAGUUCGGAGGUUACGUUGCAGGUUUACAGGACAUUGGUGAGGCCACACUUGGAGUAUUGUAGAACAUAGAGUAGAACAGUACAGUGCAGACCCUUUGAUUCAUCAACCCAUCGAUAUUGUGCCGACCUUUUAUCCUACCCUUAAGAUCAAACUAACCUACAUACCCUUCAUUGUACUGUCUUCCAUGUGCCGAUCCAAGAGUUGCAUAAAUGUCCCUAAUGUAUCUGACUCGACCACCACCACUAGUAGCACAUUCCACAUACCCACCAAUCUCUGUGUAAACAACCUAACACUGACAUCUCCCCUAAACCUUCCUCUAGUCACCUUAAAAUUAUGCCCCUUGUGAUAGCCAUUUCUGCCCCGGGAAAAAGUCUCUGGCUAUCCACUCUAUAUAUGUUUUGUACAACUCUAUCAAGUCACAUCUCAUUCUUCUUCGCUCCCAUGAGAAAAGUCCUAGAUCUCUCUACCUUACAUCAUAAGACAUGCCCUCCAGUCCAGACAGCAUCCUGAUAAAUCUCUUCUGCACCCUCUCUAAAGCUGUAGGACUUUAUGACUUGUGUACAUUUCCAAAAGGGUACUUAAAUGGCAGUAAAGGAUUUUUGGCACUGGUGCCUCACAGCUCCAGGGACCCAGGUUCGAUUCCAGCCUUGGGAGACUGUUUGUGUGGAGUUUGUAUAUUCUCCCCUUGUCUGUGUGGGUUUCCUCCAGGUGCUCUGGUUUCCUACCACAGUUCAAAGAUGUACAGGUUAGGUGAAUUGGUCAUGCUGAAUUGCCCAUGGUAUUCAGGGGUGUGUAUGUUAGGUGCAUUAGUCAGGGGUAAGUAGAGGUUAAAGGAAGAGGUCUAGGUUGAUGUGGACUUGUUGGGCUGAAGGGCCUGUUUCCACACUGUAGGGAUUCUAUUCUAUUCUAAUGUCUAGAAAACUGCUACAAGAGUCUAAUGUUAGAUUGAGACAUUCCUUUAUUGUGUAAUUUACAUUUCCUGUUGAAUUUCCAAAUCUGUUGUUGUUCUGGAUUUUUCUGCAGUCACUCAUAAUGGAACAGGAUUGUGUGGAAAGCAAGUAUGUGGAACAGGUUAUGCAGUGAGGAGAGGGGGUGAUAUUGCUGGCCAUUCCAGCAGUAUGUUUCCUCUUAUGAAUUCUAUCAAGAUAUAUUUAUUGAGCUUUGAAUAAACACAUUCUUCAAAUUUAGCUAUUUAAACAUGGAUAUAACUGAUACCAGAUGUAAUUGAAUUUGAUCAGAUAUUUCCUGAAUGUCAAUAAGGCUUCCUUAACACUUAUGGUUUUCUGCAGUGAACGGAAUGAUUUAUAGACCAUCCCAAGAGAUGUAAUCUGUUCCCUCAGUUUUAAUACAAAUGUUCUACUUUUCAUGAAUAAUUCAUAUUCAGGACCUGAAAGCUUCUUAAAAUGAGCAUUAUUCAGUGGCCAAAAAUAAGCUUUUGUCCAAUCGGAAAUGUAAAAUGUAGCUGCUACAUUUUGAACAUUUACUGUUUAAAAUUUGCAAGGACAGUGAUUGAUCCUUGGAGGGUGGCACAUUGGCUCAGUGGUUAGCACGGCUGCCUCACAGCACCAGGGUCCCAGGUUCGCUUUCAGCCUCAUCAUGUUAGGUGCAUUAGUCAGAGGGAAGUGGGUCUGGGUGGGUUACUCUUCAGAGGGUCGGUAUGUACUGUUUGGGCAGAAGGGCCUAUUUCCACACUGUAAGGGAAUCUAAUCUAAAAAAAUCCAAUGUCACUGCAUCAUAUUUACAUGGAGCCAAAGUACUGGAGCUAAUCUAAACCUUGUGAUACUGUGAUCAUUGUUUCCUAAAUACUUCCCUGUUGACACCUGAACCCUUGAAUCUCAUUCCCCACAACUAGUAAUGCCUCCUUCAUCCAGAGAUGUGGUGAUUAUGAUGUGGAGGUGCUGGUAAUGGACUGAGUGGACAAUGUCAGAAGCCACUAUUCCUGAAGAAGGGUUUAUGCCCGAAACGUCGAUUGUCCUGCUCCUUGGAUGCUGCCUGACCUGCUGCGCUUUUCCAGCAACACAUUUUUCAGCUCUGAUCUCCAGCAUCUGCAGUCCUCACUUUCUCCUAAUGUCAGAAGUCACACAACACCAGGUUAUUGUCCAACAGGUAUAUUUGAAAUCACAAGCUUUUUGGUGCACAGCCCCUACAUCAUCUGACAAAAGGCUACAUUCUGAAUGCUUGUGUUUUAAAUAAGCCUGUUGGACAAAAACUUAGUGUUGUGUGACUUCUGUCUUUGUUAUGAUUGCGCUAAUCUUAAAGGACCAUUGCUGACUUCUUAAACAAAUUGGUGUUAUCAGUGACGUUCACUGCUUCAAAGACAGCAGUUAACAUUGUUUUUUAAAAAUGAAUUGUUGUUAUCACGUUUUUAAACUAUCAUUUUAAAAUUAUUUAUCAAACCUGCUUCCGUCAUUUUUUUAUGUAAAGACUUCAAGUUCCUGACAGUGAAGUGAAGCAAUUCUCCUCCUACUAGAUCUUCGUCCAAUGAUAUUAAAUACAUGACCUGCACUUACUCAGCUAAUCACCAGCGUGAAUUAUUUUUCUUAAUGAAAACCCCUCAUCAUCUUAUUCUCUAUUAGAUCAUUUCCAGAUCAUUUCUGUUCUUUGGGAAACAGUCCUCAAUUUCUAACCCAUAUCAUAACUGAAGUCCUGCAUUCCUAGUUAGAUCUUGGGGCAGCACGGUGGCUCAGUGGUUAGCACUGCUGCUUCACAGCUCCAGGGUCCCAGGUUCACUUCCAGCCUCAGGCGACUGUGUGGCGUUUGCACAUUCUUCAUGUGUCUUCUCCGGGUGCCCCAGUUUCCACCCACAGUCCAAAGAUGUACAAGUCAAAUGAAUUGGCAAUGCUAAAUUGGCCAUAGUGUUAGGUGCAUUAGGGGAAGUGGAUCUUGGUGGGUUACUCUUCAGAGGGUCGGUGUGGACUGGUUGGGCCAAAGGGCCUGUUUCCACACUGUGGCUAAUCUAAUCUAAUAUCAAUAUUUUCUCAAGCUUUGCAAAGACUUCUGAAGUCCAGUACUAUCUGCAAUAUUGCACCCAAGGCCAAAGCAGUGAUUACAUUUUGAAGUAUGUUUCACUUUUAUGUUUGACUUAACUAUUUAUCACAUUAAACAUCUCAUUUUGUAAACACUUUAUAUCAAACUGUCCUUGUAUGAAAAUAAGAAUGUUAGAGUGCAGCAAAUGGCCCAUCUAGUCUGCUCAGCUCCUCAAGAAGGUCAGAACUGAUUUGAUUUUAGUCUAAACUCUACUUGCCUGUCUGUUGCUUAUAAUCCUUGCCUUGCCUUUAGUUUAAAGACAGUUAAUUAAUUGCUGGCAUCUCAAAUGAAUCAUUUCAAGCAAACUUGGAGUUAACUACAGUUAAAAGCUAACCUAUUUUUAUCUCACCAGGUCAGAAUUAAGCGUGUCAAGGCUGUUAUGGAGCUGGAACUCCAAAUCUUUCAUUGAAGUAAAUGUAACUUGUUUAUGUAUUCUCCAGUGAAAAGAAAUGGAGAGGUGGUAGGAAACUCAAGAAUUCCUUGUUAGUAAAUACCAUAUAGCCUAAAGCUAAUGAAAGGGCCCUCAUAAAAUCUUACUUCCAAGAGCAAUAGGAAUACCAAUCAAGAAUUAAAGUAAAUUCUGGAGCAUUGUGGCAUGCAUUUUGGUUGGUGCAAAGUGACUAAAUCUUCAAGACUUCAUAAGGUAAGGGUAAUCUUGGGAGCUACUCAAAAGUAGCAUAAAUAGUUAUAUUGAUAAUGGUAUUUGUU